UCGUGUUAAUACUUGACUUUUUAAAGGGAGUUAUUCGUUUUUGCGUUACGCAAUUUUACGUUUAUGACAUGUUCUGCGUGUAGUUUGGCUUGGGUAAUCAUUAUAGCACGACUGCGACUAAAUGUCCGUAACUAACGUAUAGAGUUAGGAGUUAAAAAGCCAUUACACAAAUGUGCUCAAAACCCAAAAGAUUAAUAUUUAGAUAAAUUUCUAAUCUCAAGAUUCGUAUAAUCAGAUUAUUCCUAACAAGUGAGUACAAAAACACGCAUGCAUUCAGACAAGACAGCUAUGUAACAAAGGGAUGUGGACAUGCCUCGGUGCUCUUCAUCGCCUCAUAUAACAAUAAAACUUUGCCCUGGAAUGAUGAAGGGAAUGAAACAACAUUGACCAGAGAAGCCCCCAAUCAUUCUGCGUCACGGAGGUUGUGCGUAAUACCCUGCCUUGGUGUAGCCCCAUCCACAGACACUGGGGGGGCUGAACCAGAGGAAGGGGUGUGCCGUUAUAAGAGGGGAGAGAAAGGGAGCAGGCAAGCAGUUGAACAAACCAAGAAGCUGAAGAUUGGACAUAGCCGCCACACCUCAAGACUGAAGGUGAGAGAGAGACCGAGAACAACCCGCUAUCGCAGACGGCAGAUAUCACAUUGGCUACUCUGACUAAGAUCCUGCUUCAUUUGUUUGUUCCGGUGUGUGUUCUGUGAAGAAGUCAUGAAGACCCCAUUUUGGACCCUGCUGUUCUUAUGCUUGUGCGCCUCGGGUCACAGCGACUGCCAAGGGGACUGUUUAACCUGUGGACUCAUCCUACCUGAACACCAAGCGUUUAAUACAUUGGUAUGCAUCCUGGAAUGCGAAUCACAGGCCUCUCCUGCAUUGACCUGGGAUUUGUGUUACCAAGCAGCGGGUCUGAACCAGCUUCCACUAUCAUUACAGGAGGAGCAAACAUCAAAGCGCUCUGACGAUGAAGCGGAGCCUCUGGCCACAGUGAGCAUAGAAAAUGACAAUGGCGUUGAGUAUACUGAGGCUUUGGAGCGGUUUCGACACGCUGCGCAAGCGCUCCGCAGCCAGCAGCCUUCAGAGGAGGAGGAGAAACUCGAAAUUUCAUAUGACCCGGACCUUGACCCGAGGACAGAGGAGGACCAGGAUGCUGUAGGAGAAGAGAAGAGCGGUGAGGCAGCCGUAAGCAUAUCCAAGCGAUUUGGAGGCUUUAUGAAAGGUCGUCACGGCUUCCGGAAGUUGGUGAGCUCCGGAAGGCCUUUGCAGAAACGCUACGGCGGCUUCAUAGGGAUAAGGAAAUCUGCCCGCAAGUGGAACAACCAAAAGCGCGUGAGUCAGCUACUGCGGCAGUACCUGAGCUUGACGGGUCGCUCGGGGCGUUCAGGUCACGUCAGCAACCUCUCCACCAGGAUCCGAAGACAGAAUGAAGUUUAGUUGGCCUUACAGUACAGGCCUUGGUCUUUUCACUUACCUCAACUCAACUGCUCAUCAGCCAUCAGUAACUGUGAACAUCUAUCAUGCACCACAGCCCAGAACUAGAUAAAUCUGUGUUUAAUCAAAGAAGAGGAAUAUUUUGUAUAGCGUUGGUUUUUAUCAUUGACAUUCUCAUGGUGCCGUUCCUGACAUCAAAAACACCUCGAUCAAGUCGUUAGGACAAAUGUUGCUGAUGAGAACUGAUUGUGCAUUUCAGAAUCAAAACUCCUAGAAUUAACCUUGAAGCAUUGUGAAAAAAAUAAAAGGCAAAGCAGUGAAACUUGUAUUGAGCACGUGAAUCAGUUACAAAUGAGAGCAGUGGGUUGUGGAGUAUGGGGCUUUCUUUUUCUGUUCAGGGGAUUGCUGAGAGAAAAGCACUUUAUAUUUGAACCUUGCACACUGUAUUGUGCUAAGAUUGGUUGUUUUGCACACAUCCUUGGUGUAUAGAAUUGUCUUAAAAACUACUAGAGCAAUCAAAAUCAAUAGGUGAUUAUAUAGUACAAUACUGAAGGAAGGAUAUUAUUUACAGGUGUUUGACGGGUUUUUGGACCAAUGCUGCCCCCUAGAGCUUACACUUAGUAUUUUUGUGGAAUACCACUAAUAAAAUCAAUACAAUUAUCAAUAAAAAAUAAAAACUUUAGGCUUUGUAAACAAAACCGCGGCCCGUCCAUGAUAGCCAAUCAGAAAAAGUGGGUCGGCUCUCUGCCAAUGGCGUGAAUUUGGGGGCGGGAUUACCAGUUUGUCCUAACAAUAAAAGAUGAGGAGUGUUCAGUAUAUAUUCGACCCUGGACCACAAAACCAGUCAUAAGGGUCAAUUUUUUUAAACUGAGAUUUAUCGGAAUAAAAUCUGAAUAAAUAAGCUUUCCAUUGAUGUAUGGUUUGUUAGGAUAGGAUAAUAUUUGGCCAAGAUAAAACUAUUUGUAUGAAUGUGAGAAAAUAUCAAAAUACUGAGAAAAUCAUCUUUAAAGCUGUCCAAAUGAAGUUAGCUAUUUAAAAAAAUCUGGAAUUUGAGGGUGCAAAAAAAAAAAAAAAAAUUGCCUUUAAAGUUGUCUAAAUUAAGUUCUUAGGAAUGCGUAUUACUAAUCAAAAAUUAAGUUUUGAUAUAUUUAUGGAUGGAAAUUUACAAAGUAUCUUCAUGGAACAUGAUCUUAAUAUCAUAAUGAUUUUUGGCGUAAAAGAAAAACUGAUCAUUUUGACCCAUACUAUGUAUUUUUGGCUAUUGUUACAAAUAUACCCGUGCUACUUAAGACUGGUUUUGUGGUGCAGGCUCACACGUGUUUAAAAGCAAUUCAUAGUCAUUAUUUUUGCAAAUCCGGUUGGUGCUGCAGAAAUGCGCCUUUAAUUGUUUGGUUCCACCUGGUGA